AUGGCUAAGCUUCGUACUGGUCCUCGUGACCCUGAUGCCUUUCCGGCAAUGCAGCUCUUCUUGCUGGCCAUUGUUCGACUCGCAGAGCCUAUCGCCUUGACAUCCAUCUUCCCCUAUGCCUGGGCUCUCGUUAAGGAUUUCCACAUCGGUAGCGAAGAACAUGCAUCAUUCUACUCGGGCAUUCUUAUCUCAGCCUUCUCCCUCGCAGAGGCUGCUAUGGGCACCUACUGGGGCGCUCUAUCCGAUCGAAUCGGCCGCAAGCCUGUUUUGAUGAUUGGAUCGAUUGGCACGAUGCUCAGUAUGUUGAUGGUGGGAAUGGCUCCUAACUUUGGCAUUGCCUUGUUUGGCCGUGCCCUAGGUGGCCUGCUCAAUGGAAACAUUGGUGUCAUUCAAACUAUGGUUGGUGAGCUGGUCACCAAGCCUGAGCAUGAGCCCCGUGCUUUCUCCGUAAUGCCUUUUGUCUGGAGCAUCGGAACCAUUGUAGGACCCUCCAUCGGCGGCAUGUUUGCCAACCCCCACGAUUCUUGGCCUGGGGCCUUCCCUGCUGGUGGCCUCUUCCAGCGUUAUCCUUAUCUGCUGCCCAACCUCAUUUGCUCCGGCUUGCUCCUCGUCAGCAUCGUGCUCGGUUUCCUCCUUCUUGAGGAAACCCACUCUGAUAUGCAUAUUGAGCAUGUCCCCGCUGUUGAGUGCCGCCCUACCGAGGAGACCCCUUUGGCUCUUUCUACCAACAACAGAAUGGUGACAGAAGUUCACGCCGACUCUUAUGGUACCAUCGAGACCCCAAGUGAUAUUUUUAGCCAUGAUUGGGAUACUCUCUGCGUUGAGAACGAGAAGGAAGCAACUGAUACUCCUGCAAAGACAUGGAACCGUCGUGUUGUGGGGUUUAUCGUUGCUCUAUCUAUCUUUACUUACCACUCGAUGACUUUCGACCAUCUCCUCCCCAUCUUCUUCGAGGAGAAGCGUGCUGGUGCAGCUGAAAUGAUCAAGGGCGCAUCCAUCUUCCCUUUCCACUCUCCUGGUGGUCUCGGUAUGACUUUACGAGAUGUCGGAAUGGUUCUGGCGGUCGACGGCGGUAUCGCUCUGUUCAUUCAGGUUUUCAUCUUCCCCUGGGCUGUCCAGAAGCUUGGAACUUAUCGUUUGUUCCUUCUCGUUACUGUCCUUCACCCAAUUAUCUACAUCCUGAUGCCCAUGCUUCUUCUCGUCCCUGAGAACCUCAUCUACCCCGCCAUUUAUGGUUGCCUCAUCGUUCGCAACAUUCUCUCCAUCAUCCUCUACCCUCUUCUGAUGAUUCUUAUAAAGGAGGCCACUCCAACUGCCAGCGCCCUUGGCAAAGUUAACGGUUUGGCUGCCAGUGCUGGUGCCGCUUGCCGAAUGAUCGCCUCACCUAUCGCUGGGUUCUUAUGGGCCGUUGGAAGCAAGUCCGACUGCUCUGCCCUAGCCUGGUAUGGAAGCGCCAUUGCCGCAGUAUUCGGAGCUAUUCAGUGCUUUUCUGUUCCUCGCCAACGCAACGAAGAGCCCUCCGAGGAAGCACCCGCGCUGCCUUGCAAGCAGGCUGUUGUUGUAACUGAGACCGAGUUCUACGACUCGGACUAA